AUGGAUUCAUACCCAGGUACCCUUAUUCGACUUCCACUCAGAAAGCACAAUGGAACCUCCUCCUCUUCAACCUGUCUGUCUAAUAUCCCAGUUUCACUGUCUGAUUGUCGAAAUCUGAUAACCGGACCAUAUGAAGACCUUUCGCGAACCGCGCCCCUCUUUACUUCUCUCAAAGACAUUGCCGCUCUAGAACGUAGAACAAACGGCGAAGAGCAAAUUCUUUGGGAAAUUGAGACCGCCAGAACAAGCAGCAAUGCUUCUGAUAUUUGUGUGGAAGAAUUACGCCUCUCUCACCAGUCCCAUGAACCUAAAUCCACACAAGUGACACAGCGCUGGCUUCUUGUCAAGGACACAGUUCCACUGACUAAGGUUCCCAGUGCAUAUUUGGGAGUCGUGCUACAACUCAAGGCCCUGAAUGGUAUCGACGUUUCUAUCGCUUUCUGUCUGGAUCGGUCCAAAGAAUUGGAGGCCGGGUCCCAUCUAUUUUGUGGAUUACAGCUCCCCGAAGUCCUCUCUGUUCCAGUCCAUAUCAAUGCGACAUUCGCCAUAUCUAGCGAUCGUCGUAGCAUUCGAUUUGAUCCUCCGGACAGCAAUGGUAAUCGAGUUGCCCAAUCCGGUUACAAUGCAUGGCUGCUGUCGGACGUCAUACCUCCGAUUUAUUUUCACGGUCUCCGGAGUCUCUUCUCGAUCCUCAAAGGCGGAGAACGGUUCACAAAUUGGUGGCCCAAGAGCGUCAAGGGGUUUAUUUCAGACCAAGUUGUGAAAGCCUUCUACGCAUCUCUACCUGCAACCGAUGUCACUGUUUUUCCCACUGUGACUAAUCAACUCAUAGCUCCUCGAGAUGCUAUCAUAUCGAAAGACGAACCUGAAUCCAUUCGCAAGCUACUCUCUUGUCUCAAAGUACCAAAUUAUGUAGUAUUAGGCAGUCGGACGAAUCGCCUCCCUACACUUGAGCUUCGCAUGCUCGACCCGGACUCUCUUUCUGGUAUACUGAAGGAGUCCACCACCGAGGAAAAAUUAAAAAUCCUUUUCGAUGCUGAACUCCCUUUGUACCGGAGGAUGUUGACGACGGUGAAGGACCAUACCAAACCUGAACUCAUGAAGACUCUUAUAAUUUCCAUGAUCGAUGCUACGUUGCAGUUCCUUCUCCAACGCAAUUCUUCUGAUGGUCAUACUCUUCUACUCCUGGUAACAAGGGAUUUGGAGCUACGCCACUUCAAUGACUCCAGUGCCCCGACAUAUUGCUUCUCUGGGAAUGUUCCUGAUGCACUUUUCCCCCAAUCCCGAUUUCUGUCGAACGAGAUCUCCCCUAAAACGCAGAUUCUGCUCAUGAAAUCUUCCCUAUAUCGUGUAGAGGACUUCGAUAAAAAAGCAGUUGUAUCGUUUGUGGAACACUCUGUUGGCCAACCACGGAACGACGCCUAUCAUUCAGUCGAACGUAGCGAAUGGAUAACUCUCUUCUGGAAUUUCUUUCAAUCGAAUAGUCGUCCUCGCGACUUGAAGCUUCAAGAUUUCGCUAGUUAUCCUCUACUUGCAACCUUUCAGGAACAAAAAUUUGUCUCGCUUCAGAAGUGUCGUAGUGGAGGUGUGCUUCCCGACCCCGAAGAUGCAGACCUGCGGGAUAUCAUGUACACCCUCAAUAUCACUGUUCUUCAAACUCAUCCUGUACUUCCGAAGGAUGAAGCCCGUUUGAUAUUCUCCUUCUCAAAUCUUCUUGACUGUUUGCAAACAAGGGGGGGCGAUCCUUUCCGAACAUUAUCUGCAGAUCAGUCCGUUUGGUUUGCAACUUGGAUAGUCAGAAAAAUGACGUAUGGCAUUCGCGAGUUGAGUGCACCCCAUUUGACCUUUCUUUCAACACUCCGAUUGUGGAAUGCGACACGGAAUGGGAUUAUUCAGCGCCUAAGUGCUGAUGAGCUGUAUCAGCUUCCAUCCGAGAUCGAACUUUCUAGAAUCAGUCGCUUUCUGAAGCCCGACCAAGCAAUAGCCGAAUACGCAAUAGAGCUGCGGAAUUUGUGGUCAGCUCGACGUGACCACCGCGGUCAGAAAACAUCGAACGACUUAUAUGAGGAGCUUUACCAAAAACUCUUCUUGCCUUUUUCUAUAUCUGAAGACGAUAUUGACGAUUACAAGUACCUCUUGAAAAAACUCUUGUGGAAUAGGCCCUCGAGCCCGCAGAGUAGGCUCUCGCGCUUGCAGGUUCCCGAUGGCCGACUUCGUUUGCGUGCCCCUGGGGAGCUUUUUGAUAGUAACUGCAACAUAUUCAAGGCUGCGUUUCAUUACAGCCAAGAAGAAAUGUUCAUCCAUCCUAGGUUCCGAGAUUUAGAAAGAUCUAUCGGUAUCACGGCCAACGUAACCCCCGACGUUUUCCAGCAGUGUGCCCGGGCGAUUCACAACGAUCAGUCAUCCAACAGAUAUGAUGAAAUUAUAAGUCGUGCUACCACUAUCUACGCCUAUUAUAAUCAAGGCCCCCAGAAUCUCCUGCAGAACCCCACCCGGCCUGACGCCCUAAUUGACGCUAUGAUUUUGCCAUGA